CUCAUGGCUCAGCUAUCUACAGAUGUCCUGGGGCGCUUUAUAGAAUCCCACCAACCACGGGAUUACGCAGACGAUGCCUACGAGACGGUCAGACGCAUAGUCUUCGGCCACGGACACAUCUGCUGCCAGAGAGCGUUCUUGGACCUAGUUAGGAAGAACAGAUCAGAUUAUUCAGCAGUAUCUCAGUACGUGAACGACUACCAGGAGGCUUAUACACUGGCAAAGCAAUUGAAAUGUGCUAUAACACCGUAUUGCGCGUUGCUGCAACUCCUAAAAGAACUAGAGUCAGAUCGACCCCAAUGGACGGCUAUCGUCAAAUUUCAACUCCCCGAUGACGCUGCCACAGACCUGACGGAGUCGCAGUUCUUUGAUUACUGCACAGAUGCCAUGAAAAGGGGAGACAAG